AUGUCGGAACACCACCGCGUAGCCGGUGGCUGGGGCACAGCAAGCCCAGGAAGCCGCGAGGAUGCCUCUGGUGGUACCGCCUGGUGGCCUUCGGGUUUAAACACCGUCUCUGCCGAACAACAACAGCAACAACAGCAGCAACAGCAACAGCAGCAACAACAGAAUUUACAUCAACACCUGAUGAAUCAACAACAGCAGCAGUUAACGCAACAGCAGCAAUCGCAGCAACAGCAUCAUCAGGAUAUCGUUAGGAGUACCGCUGCCGCUACCCAGCAGCUUUUCUCCUACAAGAUGGCCUCCAGCUUUCAGAACCCAGCCACCACGGGCACGCAGUCGAAUCCCGUCUCGACGUCUACGCCGGUUGGCUCCUGCAUGAGGGGAGGCUAUGAUUAUAGAUUAGGAACGGGGCCCGGAACAGGCGGAGGUGUACCUGGUACACCUUCCGCGCCACCGCCUGGCGUACAGUGGUGGUACCCAGGUGGAGUUAUGGACGCCGGACAGAACAACCUGCAUCAGCAAUUGCAGGGCCAACAACAGCAGCAGCACCUCUCGCCCAUUACCACACAAACGUCCACGCCCCCCGUUAUGUCCCCGGUAUGUUGCGACUACGAUCGACCCCCUUUAUGCUUCCUCUUUUUCUCUAUUAUAUUGCCUGCUUUUCAAUUUUAUACGACUUUAUAUUCUUGGUUUUUUUUCUCCUCCCUCUAUGCUACGUACAUACAUACAUACAUGUGUAUAUGUAUAUAUAUGCAUGCAUGCAUGUAUGUAUGUACGUACGUAUAUGCUUGUGUUACGUAUGUACGUGUGUGCGCGUGUGUGCACACACACAUAUCAUUUUUUUGCUUCUGUUGCGCGGGAUUCUUUCGUGCAGCUGGAGAAAAAAAAAUGUCUAUUCUACGGUCUUUGAAUAUUUCUCACCAAUCGGUCAAUCGGUAUUGCUUUUUAACCGGCAGGUUUAACACCUCUCUUAUUUUACAAACAUCUAUCAAACACGUUGCGAUUUCUUUUGAAAAACAUUUCCGUUCCAUUCCGUUCUUCGACCAUCUACGUUUUACUUCUCUGUUUUCUCUUUCGUAGAUCAAGCGAGAGAAACAUCUACCAAUGGAUUCUUUAGUGAAUUGAAAAAAACAGAAAAAAAAAAUACUGUUUUUUUUUUAUUUUUCUAGUGUUUUUAUCUGUGCAGCAUACGCUUGGUGUACGUAAAUAUGUAUGUACGUACAUGGAAUAAUAAUUGCAGCAAAUAUCCGAGUUUUCUCUUUUGUUUUGGGAAGAACACUGACUAAUCGAUUUCGACUAGCUGAGCAAGCAUCAGUAUUUCAUUCUCUUUCUCGAAUCGAAGAGAAAGAAGCGAAACAAAGCACAAUUACGGUAAUUGGUAACACGUGACUGUACGUGAAGUUCGCCUUAGCUAUAACGUCUUCAUAAAGACGUGCUUUAAGCAGCAUAAUUCGAGGAAUUUUGAGCUAUGUGUUAUUCCGUUUAUUUCCGUUGUAAAAGUUUAAAUGAUUAUCAUCGCAAGGACGAUGUUAUGAAUUAUUAUAACUCGUAGCUAGCUAUAAUCUUAUCGAUCUGUUUACCUUGGUAAUAUUAAGGGAAAGGAUUUGGCGGAGAAAAUAAUUAGACGAAUUCAUAUUUAGUCUCAAGUAUCUAAUAAUUGAACUGAUCAAAGCUAAUGCGGUUGAGAAUAUUCCAUACUUCUCUAAAUUCACAUUUUCCUUUGUUUCUAUUCUUUUAGAAUUUAUUUGUUAAAAAAAAAAAAAAUAAUUAUUUGUCUUACAUAUGUUUACGUGUGUUUAGUUGGCAAUCGAGCGAAGUUGGUCAUUAAUUUUCGGUUCUAUUUGCAUUGAAGAAAAAUCUUAAUAACCCAGUCUAUCAUGCUUGCUUUCGUACUCUACCGUCUGCGUUUCAUCCUGACUCCGCGUCUCUUGCCCCACCGACCGUUGUCCGCUAUUGAUUCCGGGUUUCGUGCGGCCUUCUUCGUACGUACGUUCGUACAGCGGCUCUUGCCGUGUCGGUUCCCUCUUCUUUUUUUUUCUUUUUUUUUUUUUUUUUUUCGAUUCCUAUGAUCGAAGUGUUUUAGGUAUUCACGAUUGGAAAUAGAAAUUUCCGAUUGAUCGAUUGGUUCCUUUCACGAAGAAUUACUUUCUAUUUUUCAUUAGUUUUUUUUUUUUUUUUUUUUUUUUUUUUCAUUCUGACACGAAGGAAAAAGGUAGACAAAGAGGAAAAAUUUAUAUUAUGAAACUUUGCACUUUCGAACGCUUCGUCUUUGUCCCUUCUUUUCCCAAUUAUUGCAUUUCAUUCGAUUUUUCAAUUACUUUCGACUCGAGAACUUCCUUGCAAUUGUUAUUUUUUUUUUUUUUUUUUUUUCUCUUUCUAAAGACUUUUCGAAUGAAUUGA